CGACGGCAACAAACCGGUUUUUCUGGGCUCAUUGUCUGCGUCUUCGCUCUCGGUCGGCCAGGUGUCGCCACCAACGGGAUACCGGAGCGGCAAUCUGCUUCCGCGUUUGCCUCUCCCAGUGACCGACUUGACGAUGCGGCUUCUUCAAACCGGUAUCUUGACAGCUCCGAGAAAGACCCACGGUAGUGCGCUCUCAGCUGCUUCUUGGCUCUUGACGCUCCUCAUCGCAUAUCCCGCUCUCUGCUCCAACGCCCGCAUCUUUGCCGAGGAUGUCGUCCCAUACGGGAUCUAUGGUUCUCGUCACCGGAGCUUCCGGCUUCAUCGCCGUUCACGUGGUCCGGGCCCUCCAGAAGCAAGGCUUCAGAGUCCGCGGUACAGUCCGCGACACAAAGAACGAGCGCAAGACCAAGCCUCUGAAGGACUGCUGUCCUGAUGCCAAGUACCCAUUGGAACUGGUGGAAGCCGACCUGCUGAACGAUGCCGGCUGGGCCGAAGCCAUGACCGGAUGCCAGUAUCUGGUCCAUGUGGCCUCCCCGUUCCCGAACGCUGAACCCAACCACCCAGACGACGUGAUACGCCCCGCCGUCGAAGGAACUCGUCGAGUCCUCAAGUUUGCGUCCGAGUCGGGCACCGUGAAGCGUGCGGUCAUCACGAGCACAAUGGGCGCCAUUCACGGCGAGGUCGACGACCCGGCCGAUCGUGAGUACAACGAGGGCGACUGGACCAACGUGGACUUCAAGGGACUCGAGACGUAUGCCAAGAGCAAGACCCUCGCCGAGAAAGCAGCCUGGGACUUCGUGAACUCCCUGCCUGCCGGUAAGAAGCUGGAACUUGCCACCGUCAACCCUUCCCUCGUGUUCGGUCCCCCGCUGCACGGCACCUAUGGCACCAGCGUGGAGGUCAUCAAGCGGCUCCUUGACAAGACGACUCCGCUGAUUCCGUACGUGAACUUUGCCAUCUGCGACGUCCGCGACGUGGCUAAGGCGCAUGUCCAGGCGCUCGUAGUCCCCGAGGCAGCGGGUAACCGCCACAUCGUGAAUGCCGGCAACGUGUGGCUCAAAGACGCGGCGCAGAUGCUUCGUGAGGAACUGUCCGGGCAAGGGUAUUACAUACCGUUCUUAUCGGCGCCAAACAUAGGACUCUGGCUCGUCGGGUUCGUAGACAAGUCGGCCAGGAUGCUCUACCCGCGGCUGGGGAAGGUGUUCAAGUUCAGCAACAAGCGGAUGAGGGAGGUGCUCAAGGUUGAACCGCGUUCCAUCAAGGAGACUGUCCUGGACACAGCACAUGGGCUUAUCCAAGCUGGGAUUAUUCACGAGGCUCCCAAGUAUGCACGGAAAGAGUUUGCAUUGGAUUAAGGAUUACCAUCGUUUAUAAUCAAGGAUGGAUGCUGUUUCUUCGUUUUGUACCGAGUUGAAUAAGUUUUGACGCUUUUAUCGGUAACACCGACCACUGAUCUUCCAACAGUACUGGUCUUCGGUGUCUGGACUUCGACGUCUCCAGGGACGGAUUGACUGAAAACUGCGUUGACUUCGUUUACCAUUUAUACUGAGCAGCUGCAACGCGUUCUAUAUUAUAAAUUGUAGAGAUUGCAUCGUUAUCUUGCACAUCUACUCCGCCCUGCCAACUGUUUUUCUCUUGUUUAGUGUAGGAGGUUUAGGCCCCAACACGGUCGGGAACAUUCGACAACGAGUGCGCGUCACAGUAUUUAUUGGCUCGGUGUCAGGAAGGCUGUUGUGCACAAUAAACAUAAUUUCGUUUUUUU